AUGUUGUUCAAACUCGCAUGGCUCCUGCUGUGCGUGCUGCCGCUUGUGGCACUCUGCGCAGAGGACUACUACAAGCUACUCGGCAUUGACAAGAAUGCAUCAGAACGCGAGCUCAAGAAGGCAUACCGAACACUGAGCAAGAAAUACCACCCUGACAAGAACCCUGGCGAUGAAACCGUCCAGAAGAAGUUUGUCGAAAUUGCCGAAGCCUACGAAGCCCUUUCUGAACCCGAGACUCGCAAGAUCUACGACCAGUAUGGCCACGAAGGCCUCAAACAACACAAGGAAGGAGGUCACCGUCAAGGAGGCAACCCCUUCGAUCUCUUCUCUCGAUUUUUCGGCGGCGGCGGUCACUUUGGUCAUGCUCCUGGUCAACGCAGAGGCCCUAACAUGGAAGUGCGUGUCUCAGUACCCCUUCGCGACUUCUACAACGGCGCCGAACACGAAAUUGCAUUGGAGAAGCAGGCCAUCUGUUCAGCAUGCGAGGGUUCUGGUUCUGAAGACGGCAAGACAGAUACUUGUGGCAAGUGCAAGGGCCACGGUAUGAUCAUUCAAAAAGCACAACUCGCACCGGGCAUCUUCCAGCAAAUGCAAAUGCAAUGCGAUCAAUGCGGCGGAAAAGGCACAACCAUCCAACACAAAUGCAAGACCUGCGGCGGCUCUCGUCAUGUCAGAGAAGUCGAGACCUUCAGUGUGCACAUUGAAAAGGGCAUGCCCAAGGGCGCAAGGAUCAACUACGAAAACGAAGGAGACGAGAGUCCGGAUUACGUUGCUGGCGACCUUAUUGUGCAGGUUACAGAGAAAGAGCCGGAGCUGGGCAAGGAUGAGGAAAAGCACGAUCGCACAGAUGGCACUUUCUUCCGUCGCAAGGGCGAUGAUCUGUUCUGGCGCGAAGUCUUGAGUCUACGGGAGGCAUGGCUGGGCGACUGGACUCGCAACCUCACACACUUGGAUGGCCACAUCGUGCAACUAUCACGCAAGCGUGGUCAAGUCGUUCAACCAAACUCAGUCGAAGUACUCGGAAACGAAGGCAUGCCAAUCUGGCGCCACGAAGAGGGUCCCGAGUUUGGAAAACUGCACAUCGAGUAUGUUGUCGUGUUGCCAGAUCAGAUGGACAAGAACAUGGAAAAGGACUUCUGGAACACAUGGGACAAGUGGAGAAAGAAGAAUGGAGUUGACUUGCAAAAGGAUGCUGGUAGACCCGCUCCUUCUGCUGGAUCAGGCCAUGAUGAGCUGUAG